CGUUUUCAGGACGUCACUUCCUGUGAGUGGGAGAGAAGCAGGAAGAGACGGAAUGUUAUUUUGACACGUAGCUGAGAGACUUUCGCGCUUUAUGCAAAAUCUCAGGUUUACAUAUUUUGCAGCUCUUACUAUGAAAGCACUUUAAGUGUGUCCUCACAAUGGAAAAGUUUGGAAUGAGCUUUGGUGGAGGCCCAAGCAAGAAAGACCUGCUUGACACAAUUGAGGCCCAGAAGAAGCAACUUAUCCAAUAUCAGACCCGUUUAAAAGAUGUUGUCAGAGCGUAUAAAAGUUUGCUGAAAGAGAAGGAAGCUUUGGAAGCUAGUCUGAACGUCCUCACUGUGUCCCAGGAGGUGGAUUUAACCCUACACAGCCAUGACCCACCUUCCAGUGGAUGCACUGGCAAAGCAGAAUGCCCACCACCUACUGACCUUGUAGAUGACCACUGUUCCAUUCACAGUGAGGACAGUGUGGACACAGCAGCUUCUGUUGACACGGCUACCAGUGUGACCAGCAGCAGCACUAAGGGUGACCCUUUAGAGGAAGAUCAGAGUGGCCUUGGAGAAGGAUCAGUGAUCCAGCAGUCAGAAGACACUCAGAGUGGCUCGGAGAGUGGCGUCAGUUCCGGCAGCAGUGCAGGUGUAGAUCAGCCCGUUGCUUCAGCAGUUGCUGAAGUAGAUCGCCGGGUGAUUCAACUCAAGUCUCAGCUGUCUACUUUGACCAACUCUUUGGCCACGGUCACUCAGGAAAAGUCUCGAAUGGAGGCUUCCUUCCAAGCAGACAAGCGGAAGAUGAAGCAAGACCUUGAGGAGAUGCAGGGGAAGAUGGAGGAGGCACACAAGCAGUACCAGAAUGAGCUUCAGGCUUUGCAGGAGCAGCUUGCAGAGAGCAAGGCUCGCGUAAUCACACAGCAGCACGAGCGGGAGCAGGAGCAAGGUGAUCAUGCCCACAUGCUCCGUGAGCUUCAGAAAUUACUGCAAGAGGAAAGAAGUCUAAGACAAGAUGCUGAACUUAAACUGGAGGAUGCUAGAGAAACCUUGGUGGAAACCAUGCAAGCUGCAGACAGGGGACUAGAUUAUGAGGAACAGGUGAAGAAGAUGGCUGAGGAGUGUGAAAUGCUGAGGAAGAGUCUGCAGGCUUCAGAGGCUGAGAGAAAUAAGCCUGAUCCAAGGGUACAGGAGCUGCAGCAAGAGAUUGCUGACCUGAAGGCACAAUUUAACCAGCAGAUUCAGCACGAGAUUAGGAAGGUUGCUCAGGCAGAUGAGCGUUUGCGAGAGCAGGCACAGCUGGAGGAAGGUCGAGUGGCUAGUCUAGAGGAGAGGGUCUCUGAGCUGUCAGAGCUGCUGGGUGCAUGCGAGAAGGCCAGACAGAAAGACCAACAGAACACUCAGAGGCUACGGGAGCGCAUCCUUCAGCUGGACACUGAGAACAAGACUCUAGCCAUUGCAGCCAGUGCAAAGACCACUACGUCAGACCUUGGCAUUGAUGAAACAACCCUGGACGUGAAUGUGCUGAAGGACAAGCUGGAGAAAGUGAAGAAACUGCUACAGCUGGCUGCACAGAGGUCCCAGGACCAAACGUUGGAGAUUGAGAAGCUUCUAGAGGGAGACACAGGGCAGGGCAGUGAGGUCUCUGAUGGAGAGAAGGCCUCUGUUCUGUACUACCAGCAAGAACUCCGGCAGCUGAAGGAUGAGUUUGAGAGGUACAAAGUAAGGGCGCAGGUGGUUCUCAAGAACAAGAAUGCAAAAGACGGCAACCAGGCCAAGGAGCUCGAGGAGGCCCGUGACCAGCUGGCUGAACUGAAAGAGAAAUACAUCAACCUGCGCAUUCACUCGGAUGAAGCUGAGGCUCAGCACAAGCGCGAGUUGGAGGAACGUCAGCAGGGAUUGGUGACUUUACAGCAGGCCCAUAAACAAGAGCUGGAGAAGCUGGAGGCUCACCACAGGGAGAACUUCUUGCGCCUGGAGGAAGAGCUACACAAGCAAAGGGACCGCACCAUGGCCCUUCUUUCAGAGAAGGACCUUGAGCUGGAACAGCUCCGAGCCACAGCAAUGAUUAACCUUCGGAGGCAUAGUGCAAGUGAUGGCACAGCUGACCGAGUUGGUGGAGAGGAUGCAGGGGGUGCUGAUUCACAAGAAGAGAGCGAUUUGAUUACAUUGAAGCUAGCUAGCCCAAAUGAGCCCACUUUACUGCUGUACGCUGAACAGCUGGCCAGGAAGGAGGUCGACAUCACCUCAGUGCGCAAGCAGAAGCAUCGGCUGGAGGAAGAUGUUCAUCAACUACAAGCAAAAUUGAUCGCUAACGGCGAGAGGCACGAGGAGGAGGUGGCUGAGCUACGAGCACAGCUGGAUAAGCGCAUCCGUGACCAGGGCAGAGACGGCGCCAACUUGGAGUAUCUAAAGAACGUCAUCUACAGGUUCCUGACACUGCAGGACUCUAGAGGGAGACAGCAAACGCUCUCAGCCAUUCUGACCAUCCUUCACUUCAGCCCUCAAGAAAAACAGGCUGUGGUGAAGCACCAAGCACAGAGCUGGUGGCCAGCUGGGAUGAGAUAAUGUUUAAAGUCAGAAAAAGUAGCUUUAUUCAGCUAAAAAUGGGAGAUUUGUUUAUUUAUUAUGGGUUUAUUUAAUGGGUGGAUGUGUGAAGUUUGCACACUUUCCUUAAGGGUAAUACCAACUUUAGUACUAAGCAGUUAACCUCCUUUGUUGUGUUAAAGCUUGCAACCAUCACAAAGUUUGAGUUGCCCUUUACAUUCCAUACACGUGCACAGAUAUUUCCUGGACCUUUACUAGAAAUAUCAUCAUUGCUGUACACAAAACCAUGCAUCUCCAAAAUGGCAGCUUCACUACAUGUAAAGGAAAAAAACUUAUUUUAAAAGAAAGUAAUUUUGGAGCAUUUCUGCCUGAAAUUCUAUAAAGAAAAAAGCUGCCAAAUUCAGAUUAUAUAAGAAAGUGAAAUUCAGACUGGUGAUACAAGGUUUUGGGAACCACUUUAAAACAAGGCUCCAUUAUAAAGGUUUUAUAAAUAGUUUAUAAAUAAGUUUAUUAAUGGUUAUUAAUUAGGUUAUAAACCAUUACUAAGCAGUUACAACAUAUACAUAUAAAGGGCAGCAGUGGCUUGUUUUGUACCAAAUAGUGAUUCCACAAUUGUUUAUCCAAGGUUCUUAACGUAUUUGUCUUUUCCAUCAGUAAGCAUUAAAUUUUUUAUUAGUAGCUUUAUUAGUUUAACUAUAAUAUAUUAAAUGACUGAACUGACUUUCUAUAUUAUUUUAUUAGCUAUAUUAAAACCGUUAUUUUCACUGUUCUUUCUAUUCUUGUGUUGUAAGUGUUUAUUAAUGUUUUUUUAAGUGUUUACAACUUAAUUUAUAACCAUUAACAAACUUCUUUAUAAACUCUUUAUGAACCCUUUAUAAGGGAACCUUAUUUUAAAGUGGUACCAGGUUUUGCAUGGCAAUGAAGAUAUUUAAAAAGCAGAGAGAGGACCAUUAUUCUUUCUCCUCCUAUAUUAGAUAUAACCACUACAUAGGGGAGGGUUAACUGGUUAAAAAAAAAAAAGAAAAGACAAAUAACAAUAUUUAGAAAAAAAUGUCAUGGGUGAAACAGAUUUUAAAAGCUGAAUUUAAAAACUCUUGAUCUUUGUUCAACAUUUGCUGCACUUGGUCCAGUUAAAUAUGACUGACUAUGCUCUCUGUAUUAAAACAUGUAGUUGGUCAGUGUUCUUUAGGUUCUGCCAAUUUCCAUAAUGUUCUCAGAGAAGCAUGUCAGGCAGUAUUUCCAUUUUUGGCAGUUUAUUUUACUACAUAAUUUAAACACACAAACUGACCCUUUCACUGUGUGAAAUAAACUUUGACUUACAUUGAAAGUUAAGAAGGUUUAUCACUCGCCUGUAAACUUGCUGUUUUAGAGAUAGAUGCUUUUCUUUGGACAGUGAGGAUGUUGCUCAUCACAGUAACAAUAAAAUCUUGUCAUAUUGCUCACCUCCUCCACUGCAGUAUGAACUUGUGUACACAAAUGUGUAGUUUCUUAAUAAGAAAGACCAAAGAAAGCCCAGGCAGGUAUGCUGCGAUCUGCAGUGACCUGAGAACCUAAAUAACAUAAAUAAUUUAGACAUGGAGACUUUUUUCCUAUACAUGCUCAGUUGUUCCCUUUUUUUCAUGCAUACUGUUAUACAGAUUGCGGUUGAAAUGGAAUGUUAUCAUUGUUCCCUUUGCAGCAUUGCAGUUUUGUGUUUUCUCUUCUAUUAUCAAAUGAUCUGUAAGGUGAUUAGGAAUCAUGAUGGAGCACUAUAAACACUAAACAUUAAGUUUUUUUGACCCCAGCUGUGCUGUUAGACCUUGUAUUUUUUCAUUCCAUCACCACCACUGUCAUUGGCCUACAAAAUGUUCCAUAACUGCAAUGUCGCACCUUCUGUAAUUAAAAGCAAUUAAUGCCUGUUUUUGUACAGAAACUUGAUUUGUACCUAAAAUGGGUUAUAGAGUGUCUUAUCAGAGUGUAUAUUUUGAAUUGUUUAUUUAAAAAAGUGACAUUAAAAUUACAAUCAUCUAUCCUUA